UCGGUCAAUCUCUCUUUACUCGCAACAUUAACUUGAAGAUUUUUUUUAUAAAGAUAUUUUCUGGGUCAAAAUUUAAUUUGAUGGAUAUUGUUUAAUCGUAAAAAUCAUUAUCAUGUAAUUCUCCUGGUUUAUAAUGAUUUUCUUCUGGAUCGAGCUUGGAAAUGGAGAUUAAUGAAGCUUCUGAGGUGGUAAUCCGCGCUUAUUUUCUGCCUUUUCUUUUUUGGGGUCUUUGUAAUAGAUAUAUGAUUCCUUUUUAAGUUCCCAUAUUUUGAAGUGCCAACGAUUUAGCAUAAGAAGUGAUGCAUACUACAAUAUCCUCUUUGGAUAUGGAAGACUUCUUCUGGGUUUGCUGUUGUGAAUCUCCCUUGUAUGCAUAAUGGAUUUAUAUUUUCAGUAGAAGUCAAUCACGUGUGUAAUCGAUUGGGGAAUUUGCAACCUCAAGUGUUCUUCGGCCUACUUAGGGUUUGGAAGAUGCUAUCCUGUUCUUUCGGAUGUUGACUCCGAUACUUCAGUAAAUUACAGCAAGAAGGAGUUCAGAGUUAGUAUCGACUCAAGAUCUAUACUUCAGCUUUAUAUUUGUCUCUCAACCUUUUUCUUUACUUCCUCGCUGUUUUUUUGUUGGUUUUGGGGUAUGUAUAUAAUCACAUUCAUUUGAUUCUGAAGUGGAGAACGUGAUCAAGGGAUCUUUGUAUCUCAGCCGACAAAGAAAUAUGUUCUUAGGUGGUUUAAUAAUUCUAUUCUCUGCUCAUGCAUGGUGAGGGAAGCCUGAAGGGUUUUGUUGAGAGCAUUGUUGUCUGAGGAUAUUUCUUGGAGUUCAUUGUGAAAAAUAAAGCAGAACUUAUGAAAUUAUUGCUUGUGUAGGUUAUAACCAUUCCUAAAUAUCAGUGUUCUGUCAUCUGAAUGACAAGGGACGUCCUCAUGAGCAUUGCUGGUGAUGAUAAAGAAUUUCAAGAAUUGGCUCAGCGUCUGCAAGAUGGUAAAAAAACCACCAAAGAGGGAGCUGCUGGUGACGGACAUAAUUUCCAUGAGGAUGAUGAGUUAAAAAGUAAUGGAACAGCUGAAGAAGUUAAAGUGGGACAAGAUGGAAUUGUGGAAGCUCCAGCCGUUCAGCAUAUGCCACAACAGCAACCUCAAGGGGCAAUUUGGGAGAGGUUCCUACAUCUCAGAUCACUCAAGGUCUUGCUUGUGGAGAUUGAUGACUCUACUCGUCAUGUUGUUGCGGCACUGCUUCGCAAUUGUAGUUAUGAAGUUAUUGAAGCAGCAAACGGAUUGCAAGCAUGGAAGAUCUUGGAAGAUCUAACCAGUCAAAUAGAUCUUGUCUUGACUGAGGUAGCUAUGCCUUGCUUAUCAGGCAUUGGCCUUCUGUCCAAAAUUAUGGGCCAUAAAACGCGGAAAAACAUUCCAGUAAUUAUGAUGUCAUCUCAUGACUCUAUGGGUUUAGUCUUUAAGUGUUUGUCAAAGGGUGCCGUUGACUUUCUAGUGAAACCUAUUCGGAAGAAUGAGCUUAAAAACCUAUGGCAGCAUGUGUGGAGAAGAUGUCAUAGUUCAAGUGGUAGUGGAAGUGAAAGUGGCACACAAACUCAGAAAUCCAUUAAAUCAAAGAGUGUUGAGAAGUCUGAUAACAACAGUGGCAGCAACGAUGAAGAAGACAAUGGUAGUGUGGGUCUUAAUAACGGGGAUGGAAGUGACAAUGGUAGUGGUACUCAGAGCUCAUGGACUAAACAAGCUAUAGAAGUUGACAGUCCCAAACCAUCCCAAUGGGAUCAUAUAACUGAGUGCCCUGAUAGCACCUGUGCUCAAGUUGUUCUGUCAAAUGCCAAAAUUAGUGGAAACAAGAUGUUUUCUGUAGCCAUAAAGGAGUGUCCAGAUCAGAAGGAUCAGCUUGAUCUGAAAGUGGACUCGAGUAGGGAUCUGGGCUUGAUUCUUGACUAUAGAAAUGAGGUCUUAGCCAACAAUUUGGGCAAAAAACAUAGCAACCGACUUGAUACAGGCUCCUCUAAAUUCAAUGAGCAGCUUAAUAGGGGACAGCUGGAACUUCACUGUGAAGAUCCUUCUAGCAAGUUAAGAUGCAAAGGUCCAUGUCAGUCUGAUGCUGUUACCAGUUAUGAUUUGCGGAUUCAUGGUGGAGAAUUCGGAGCCUCAAAUAGAAGAGCCAAGUCCUCAGAUACUGAAAGCAAAGCUAUCAAUGAUAAUGAAGAAUUACCAUCUCUUGAGCUCAGUUUAAAGAGACUUAGAGGAGUUAAAGAUGCUGGGAUUACAAUUCAGGAUGAGCGUAAUGUUUUAAGACGUUCAGACCUUUCGGCCUUUUCAAGGUAUAAUGCGGCUUCUAAUGCUAAGAAAUCUCCUGGUGGUUGUGCUGGAAGCAAUUCUCCGCAUAACAAUAGCUUAGAAGUUACAAAGAAAGAUUCAUCACGUGACAUUCAAUCCCAUUCUAGCGGAAACCCCCCUAACCAGAACUCGAAUGGUGCCAGCAAUAACAUUGACAUGGGAUCCACAACUGAUAACGCUUUCACUAAAUCUGCUGUUAUGAGCAAGACAACAGUGGCAUCUCCAAGUAAAUGUUUGUACCAAUCUUCUGCCUUCCAGCCUAUAAGAAACAACUUGAUGUGUACGUCACAACAAGUUGCAGUACAUAAUAAUGGAGAUACGACAGCCUCAACUAUGCUAGAACCACCUAGAGGAGGUGUACACAAGGACUCUUCAACGCAGGACUUCCAUGGGAUAUACAAGAACCAUAGCUGCAUCGUGAACAACAUGCAGCAUCAACUACCUCCGGACCAUGAUGAUGCAUCAUCAAAGAAACUUACUGGCACAGCACCCCACUGCGGGUCAUCAAAUGUAGUCGAAAUGGUUGAAGGUAAUGUUGGAAAUUAUAGUAUCAAUAGAAGUGUCUCAGGCAGCAACAAUGGAAGCAAUGGACAAAAUGGGAGCAGUACUGCAGUCAAUGCUGGAGGGAUAAACAUAGAGAAUAACAAUGGAAUUGCUGGGAAUAGUCGAGAUGGUGAUGCUAGUGGGAGUGGAAGUGGGAGUGGAGGUGGAAGUGCUAACAGGAUGGAUCAGAAGAAGACUUCGCAAAGAGAAGCAGCCUUGACUAAAUUUCGGCAGAAGAGAAAAGAGAGGUGCUUCCGGAAAAAGGUUCGAUAUCAAAGUAGAAAGAAAUUAGCGGAACAGCGGCCUCGCUUUCGUGGACAAUUUGUUCGACAGGCCUCCUACAAAAGUACAAGUGAGGCAGAAGAGCCAACUGACAGCUGAUUCAGAGCACUUGCGCAAAUGGCAUGAUCAUGAGUGUAGGAAUCUUCACGUGGAAUGUGAGAAUUGUUGGUGUCUGCGUCUGUAUUGUGUCAAUGUAAAAUGGACUCCAGCUGUUCCAGCUUGUUCAUUCGGCUACUUCAAAUCAAUUUAUGGUGUCAUUAAUUUAACAGACGUUGUUGUUAUGAUAUUUGGACGCUCGGAAAACUCAUUUGGCUGCUGCACAUUUGCUAGUCCUUGUUUGAUAUUAUGCUGGAACAAUCAAAUGCCUAUCUCCAUUCUCCCAUUCAUCU